UCAUGUCGUAAAAUCUAUGUAGCUUAGUUUGUGGUAACAUACGGGAAACAGAAAAUAGAAAUGGAUUCUAUACCUAGUCAGGAGUCUGAAAAAUUGGAAACCGAUGGAUCUUUUUCUGAGAAGAGUGAAUACAUUCAAAAUGGUUUUGAUAAAGACAGUAACUCUUACCCAGCAGAGUCAAGUGUUACAUCGGAGGAUAAUGUGAAUAUGAAUAAUUCCGUUCACUUGAACACUACAUCACUGUCAGAAGAGAUUUCAUUCUCUGAGAGUGGAAAAAAUGCAUUAGAUCAAAACUCUGAGUCAAGUGAUCAAAAUGAGGAUGAAAUGCCCCCACUCAUUGACAAUGAAAAUGUCACAAAUCAAAGUCUGAUGGAUCAAGAAAAGAAAAGUGCAAUGGAUGAAAGUGAAAACAAGAGUAAUCCAGAACCAAUCAGUGUUAGUAUGAAUCGAGACAAUGUCAAGGAAAAUGAUGUGAAGGAUGAGUGUUUACGUGAAAUUAAUCAGGAAAAGACAUGCACAGGUGAAGAUGCCGAAAAGGAGGAAGAGGAAUAUUUGGAUAUUCUUGGAAAUGGAUCUCUUAAAAGAAAGAUUUUAAGAGCUGCAGCUAAGAAUGCCAAAAGACCAAUAAGCAGUGAUUUGGUUACAAUCAAAGUAGAAGGAAAGCUCGAAGAUGGGACCAAAGUGGAUGUAUAUGAUUCCCUGUCAUUUGUUUUGGGGGAUGGUGAUGUUAUCCAAGCCUGGGAUUUGGCUGUAGCUUUAAUGGAGGAAGGACAAGUUAUAGAACUGCAGACUGAUGCUAGAUUCGCUUAUGGUGAAAAAGGAAGAAAACCGGACAUUCCACCAAACUCAUCAAUUGCAUACAUCAUAGAGCUGGUAAAAAAGGAUUACCCCAUGGAUUAUGAAAGCAUGUCAGCAGCUGAAAAACUGAAAUAUGGAGAAAAUAAAAGAGAGAGAGGAAACUUUCUGUUUGUGAGGGAAGAGUUUGUUUCUGCAAUCAACUCCUACAACAAGGCUGUCCGGAUUUUGGAUCCUGCCACUUGUUCAGAUACAGCUGAGAGUCUACAAAAAUUACUGGAGAGCCGACUCAAAUGUUACAACAAUAUGGCAGCAUGUCAACUGAAAACAGAUGCUUAUGAUGCUGCCAUUAAGUCCUGCAGAAUGGUGCUUGAUGUACAGCCAGAUAAUGUGAAAGCUUUAUUCAGAACAGGAAAGGGCCUGGCUGCCAAGGGAGAAACAAAGGAAGGACUGAUGUUCAUGAGGAGAGCUCAAAAGUUGGACCCUGACACAAAGGUCAUCAAUCAAGAAAUUAUGAAACUCAGUAAAAAAUUGCAAGCUGAGAGCCAAUCAGAAAAAGAUAUGUACCAGAAAAUGUUGGGACAAAAACCUCCUGCCAAGACCAACAAACAAUCGGAGAACUCGAGUUCAGUGUGGAAGUGGACUUCAGUCAUCGGCGGGGUCACCAUAGCGAUUGUUGCCAUGGGGAUUACAGCAUACAGACACUUGCAACACUGAAUACCUUUUGAAUUUAAAAGCAGAGUAACUUACUAUCAAAGAUAACUUUUUUGACAUAAUAAAGGGCUUGGACCUGUAGCAUUUAUUUUAAGGGGGGGGGGUGGUGCCAGUUUUCAAACUAAUCUAAACGUGAACAUGUUUUCUUGACUUAAGAUGCUUUUUGGUUGAUUUUGACAUUUUUUUAGAGUGUAAAUUUUGUUUUCAAUUGGUAAAAAUGUUUUUUGUUGUUGUAUAUUGGAGUAGUGUUAUAAAACUUUCAACACAAUGGAAAGAAUUUAUCUUCAAGUAUUGUAAAAAGACGUUCCAAUAAUUAUUUCGUGUUUAAAUUUGUUUAGACAUAAUCUUUUUCUUUUUGUAUAAAUAUUUUAUUUUAUAAUGUAGACUAUGAAUAUUUGUUGCAAGCAUGUUAAUUAAAGUGAUUAUUUUAAGAAAA